AUGGCGACCUCACGCCGCCUCGCAGCGGUCUGCGCCCUCAUCUCCUGCGCCACGUUCGCACUCGCCGACGUCCCUUCCAUUCGAGUCCCAGCAUGCCCAUCCGUUGAGACGAUCCACUACAACCACUACGUCCCAUACACCCUCGGCGAUGGCUUCCCAUCUACGCAAGUGGCUCUCUGCUACGACGACACUUCCAUCCAUCUCAAAUUCACCGCCCACAACGAGACGAACUACUUCUACAACAAGUCCGCCGUCACCAACGACCCGAUCUACAAGUGGGAAGUCAUGGAAGCGUUCAUCUACCGCGGCGAGAAUGACCCGAAGACGUACAUGGAAUUCGAAAUCGCGCCCAACAACGUGGUGAGUGCGCAGCCGGCUCCGCAAAUCCUUCUAGCCCGCAUCACGACCGACUGACUGAAAUGGAUGUGCGCAGACCUUCAACGCCUUCAUCUACAACCCCUCCAAAGUCCGCGCGAGCGGUGCGCCCUUCGACACCUUCUACAUCCAGACGCCGGUCGAAGACGGCCUCACCGCAAGGACGACCCUCGACAAGGAAGCCCGCACGUGGGUCUCGGCCGUCAAAGUCCCGCUGGGCUUCUUCAACGUCGACGACGGCCGCGGCAAGGGCACCAAGUGGCGCAUGAAUUUCUUCCGCACGGUGGUAUGCCGCUUCAUAUCAUCCUCAGACCGUUCUUGGAUUUAAUACUGAUCCAUCGCACAGGUCGCUCCGAGCCAGUUCCCGAAUCAGACUCUCGGGGCCUGGUCGCCGACCGAUGAGGCGAAUUUUCACAUGACGCCCUUUUUUGGGAGGGUGGCGUUCGUCUAG